CCCAGGCCCGGAAGUGAGUUCCGGGUCGGUGUAGACGCGGCGGCCGCGCGGGUUCCGGGCUCCACCCUGGAACCAACGGCGUCCCUCCUGGAAAACCUGACUCAGGCGGAGCCCGCCCCGCCCGCGGAGCCCCCCCCGACACCCCCACCUCCACCAACCCCACCUGGCGGGGACCUCAGCCCCGCCGCGCGGGACGCGAGGGAGGCCGGGGAAGCCCCGCGCUUCAGGGGCCCUGGUGGGGGCGGUGCGGGGGGCGGGCCCUCCCUCGCUGACGCCGCCGCCGCCGCCGAGCCCGGGACCCAGAGCGCGGGCAGCGGAGCGGGCGCCAGGCCGGCGGGGCAGGAUGCGCUACCGGGCGUCGGCCCUGGGCAGUGACGGGGUUCGGGUGACCAUGGAGAGUGCGCUGACUGCCCGUGACCGGGUGGGGGUGCAGGAUUUCGUGCUGCUGGAGAACUUCACCAGCGAGGCCGCCUUUAUCGAGAACCUGCGGCGGCGGUUUCGGGAGAACCUCAUCUACACCUACAUUGGCCCCGUCCUGGUCUCUGUCAACCCCUACCGGGACCUGCAGAUCUACAGCCGGCAGCACAUGGAGCGUUACCGUGGCGUCAGCUUCUAUGAAGUGCCCCCUCAUCUGUUUGCCGUGGCCGACACUGUAUACCGAGCACUGCGUACAGAGCGCCGGGACCAGGCAGUGAUGAUCUCUGGGGAGAGUGGGGCAGGCAAGACCGAGGCCACCAAGAGGCUGCUACAGUUCUAUGCAGAGACCUGCCCAGCCCCCGAGCGUGGAGGUGCUGUGCGGGACCGGCUGCUGCAGAGCAACCCGGUGCUGGAGGCCUUUGGAAAUGCCAAGACCCUCCGGAACGAUAACUCCAGCAGGUUCGGGAAGUACAUGGAUGUGCAGUUUGACUUCAAGGGUGCCCCCGUGGGUGGCCACAUCCUCAGCUAUCUCCUGGAAAAGUCACGAGUGGUGCACCAGAAUCACGGGGAGCGGAACUUCCACAUCUUCUACCAGCUGCUGGAGGGCGGCGAGGAGGAGACUCUUCGCAGGCUGGGCUUGGAACGGAACCCCCAGAGCUACCUGUACCUGGUGAAGGGCCAGUGUGCCAAAGUCUCCUCCAUCAACGACAAGAGUGACUGGAAGGUGGUCAGGAAGGCUCUGACAGUCAUUGAUUUCACUGAGGAUGAAGUAGAGGACCUGCUGAGCAUCGUGGCCAGCGUCCUGCAUUUGGGUAACAUCCACUUUGCUGCCGACGAGGAGAGCAACGCCCAGGUCACCACCGAGAACCAACUGAAGUAUCUGACCAGGCUCCUCAGCGUGGAAGGCUCGACGCUGCGAGAAGCCCUGACACACAGGAAGAUCAUCGCCAAGGGGGAGGAGCUCCUGAGCCCGCUGAACCUGGAGCAGGCCGCCUACGCGCGAGACGCUCUUGCCAAGGCUGUGUACAGCCGCACUUUUACCUGGCUCGUGGGGAAGAUCAACAGGUCGCUGGCCUCCAAGGAUGCGGAGAGCCCCAGCUGGCGGAGCACCACGGUUCUCGGGCUCCUGGAUAUUUAUGGCUUCGAAGUGUUUCAGCAUAACAGCUUUGAGCAGUUCUGCAUCAAUUACUGCAACGAGAAGCUGCAGCAGCUCUUCAUCGAGCUCACGCUCAAGUCGGAGCAGGAGGAAUACGAGGCAGAGGGCAUCGCGUGGGAGCCUGUCCAGUAUUUCAACAACAAGAUCAUCUGUGAUCUGGUGGAGGAGAAGUUUAAGGGCAUCAUCUCGAUUUUGGAUGAGGAGUGUCUGCGCCCCGGGGAGGCCACGGACCUGACCUUCCUGGAGAAACUGGAGGACACGGUCAAGCACCAUCCACACUUCCUGACGCACAAGCUGGCUGACCAGCGGACCCGGAAAUCUCUGGGCCGAGGGGAAUUCCGCCUUCUGCACUACGCUGGGGAGGUGACUUACAGCGUGACAGGGUUUCUGGACAAAAACAAUGACCUUCUCUUCCGGAACCUUAAGGAGACCAUGUGUAGCUCGAAGAAUCCCAUUAUGAGCCAGUGCUUUGACCGGAGCGAGCUCAGUGACAAGAAGCGGCCAGAGACGGUCGCUACCCAGUUCAAGAUGAGCCUCCUGCAGCUGGUGGAGAUCCUUCAGUCCAAGGAGCCCGCCUACGUCCGCUGCAUCAAGCCUAAUGAUGCCAAACAGCCCGGCCGCUUUGAUGAGGUGCUGAUCCGGCACCAGGUGAAGUACCUGGGGCUGAUGGAGAACCUGCGCGUGCGCAGAGCCGGCUUUGCCUAUCGCCGCAAAUACGAAGCUUUCCUGCAAAGGUACAAGUCACUGUGCCCAGAGACGUGGCCCACGUGGGCAGGGCGGCCGCAGGAUGGGGUGGCUGUGCUGGUCCGACACCUGGGCUACAAGCCAGAAGAGUACAAGAUGGGCAGGACCAAGAUCUUCAUCCGCUUCCCCAAGACCCUGUUUGCCACAGAGGAUGCCCUGGAGGUCCGGCGGCAGAGCCUAGCCACAAAGAUCCAAGCUGCUUGGAGGGGCUUUCACUGGCGGCAGAAAUUCCUCCGGGUGAAGCGAUCAGCCAUCUGCAUCCAGUCGUGGUGGCGUGGAACGCUGGGCCGGAGGAAGGCAACCAAGAGGAAGUGGGCAGCGCAGACCAUCCGGCGGCUCAUCCGAGGCUUCAUCCUGCGCCACGCCCCCCGUUGCCCCGAGAACGCCUUCUUCCUGGACCAUGUGCGCACCUCUUUUUUGCUAAACCUGCGGCGGCAGCUGCCCCGGAAUGUCCUGGACACCUCCUGGCCCACGCCCCCACCUGCCCUGCGUGAGGCCUCAGAGCUUCUGCGGGAGCUGUGCAUAAAGAACAUGGUGUGGAAAUACUGCCGGAGUAUCAGCCCUGAGUGGAAGCAGCAGCUGCAACAGAAAGCAGUGGCUAGUGAGAUCUUCAAGGGCAAGAAGGAUAAUUACCCUCAGAGUGUGCCCAGACUCUUCAUCAGUACUCGGCUUGGUGCAGACGAGAUCAGCUCCCGCGUGCUGCAGGUCCUGGGCUCUGAGCCCAUUCAGUACGCUGUGCCUGUCGUGAAAUACGACCGAAAGGGCUACAAGCCUCGCUCCCGGCAGCUGCUGCUGACGCCCAACGCUGUGGUCAUCGUGGAGGACGCCAAAGUCAAGCAGAGGAUUGAUUACGCCAACCUGACCGGAAUCUCUGUCAGCAGCCUGAGCGACAGUCUGUUUGUGCUUCAUGUACAGCGUGAGGACAAUAAGCAAAAGGGAGAUGUGGUGCUGCAGAGUGACCACGUGAUUGAGACGCUGACCAAGACAGCCAUCAGUGCCGACCGCGUGAACAAUGUCAACAUCAACCAGGGCAGCAUCACGUUUGCAGGGGGCCCCGGCAGGGAUGGUACCAUCGACUUCACCCCCGGCUCGGAGCUGCUCAUCACCAAGGCCAAGAACGGGCACCUGGCUGUGGUCGCUCCCAGGCUGAAUUCCCGGUGAUAAAGGCGCUCACUGGAUUCCCAGCUCCCAGCGCUUUGCUUCUCUCCUCCCCCUCCCAAUUACCAAAGACUCGAACUUCCAGACGGGGACCCAGGGACACCCCGAAGCCCCCCUGCUGUCUCCCACCUCCUGCCCAUCCCUCAGGGACCCAGGGACACCCCGAAGCCCACCUGCCGUCUCCCACCUCCUGCUCAUCCCUCAGACGGGGACCCAGGGACACCCCGAAGCCCACCUGCCGUCUCCCACAUCCUGCCCAUCCCUCAGACAGGGACCCAGGGACACUCCGAAACCCCCCUGCCAUCUCCCACCUCCUGCCCAUCCCUCAGACGGGGACACCCCAAAACCCCCCUGCCGUCUCCCACAUCCUGCCCAUUCCUCAGACAGGGACACUCUGAAGCCCACCUGCCGUCUCCCACCUCCUGCCCAUCCCUCAGGGACCCAGGGACACCCCGAAGCCCACCUGCCGUCUCCCACCUCUUGCCCAUCCCUCAGACGGGGACCCAGGGACACCCCGAAGCCCACCUGCUAUCUCCCACAUCCUGCCCAUCCCUCUUGAGGGAGCCGCAGGGGCCAGGAGCUACCCCAGGAGUGGGCCAGGCCGGGCCACAGCAAUAGCAAAGUCAGGGCCAGAGCGAGCCGAGCCAGCCCUACUGCCGAUGCCAAAUGUUGGAGAGAAGGGAACUUUUGCUGAGGUUUUCUCUGAGUGUUUUUUUGAUGCUUUAUAGGAACCUAUUUUUUAAAAAAAGCCAUUUCCCACCGGAGGACACACUGGGUGUGUUUUCCCUGACCCCAACGGGGCAAGGAAUGUAGCCGAGAGGUGGGGUGGGCUGGGCUCUGGUGCCCUCUUCGCUGGCCAGACCACCUCUCCUCCUGAUUCCCUUGGCACCUUGUCUGUCUACCUGUCUCCCUGCCUGCCCAUCUGCACCUUUUGCAGCCCACUCUGACUUCCAUCUGCGGGCUGAGACCACGCUUGCCUGCCCUCUUCUUCCUGCCUUAAGAAUGUCCUUUUAGGCCGGGCGCGGUGGCUCACGCUUGUAACCCCAGCACUCUGGGAGGCCGAGGUGGGCUGAUCACCUGAGGUUAGGAGUUCGAGACCAGCCUGACCUACAUGAAGAAACUCCAUCUCUAGUAAAAAUACAAAAUUAGCUGGGCAUGGUGGUGCACGCCUGUAAUCCCAGCUACUCGGGAGGCUGAGGCAGGAGGAUCGCUUGAACCCAGGAAGUGGAGGUUGCAGUAAGCCAAGAUUACACUAUUGCACUCCAGCCUGGGCAACAGAGCGAGACUCUGUCUCAAAAAAAAACUGCUGUUUUACUGUCCUCAUCAUCACAGUCUGAGGCCGUGCUGGAGUGGGGAAGGAUGUCUUAGGCCAUAGAAGUUGGAAGACUGGGAGAUCAUCCAGCUCAGCCCCUUGAUGUUAGAGCAGAAGAUGGACGCCCAAACAGAAGGCACUUGCCUGCGGUCAUACGGCAGGUUGCCACAAAACCAGGACAGCAGCCCUUCCUCAGCGUGCCUCACUGCCACUCCCAGGGACCGGGAGCCCCAUAAAACCCAGUCAUGUCUUGACAGCAGAUCUGGCUCCUUGACCAGCCAUCAGCCCUGGGGGCCACCGGGUGGGAAGACCACCUCUGCCGGAGUCCAGGCCUUAGGAUGACGGACAGCUUGCCUGCACACUUGGGCCCCACUCAACAAUGUAGGGCCUUUUCUGGCCCCUGACCCCUCCCUGGCACGGGAGCAUGGGGAAGGGCUGGCCUUGGGGGGAGCAGCAGGGGCACCACCUCCUUCUGCUGCUUCUCCCCACCCCUACCCUCAAGGGCCUGGGGGCUGCCCAGCUGCCUCUGUGCCCUUCUGGGGGUCUCAGCCCACUGCUGACACUUCUGCAAUCCAGAGAAACACUAAAUAAAGCAAUAUGUGUUUGCCAA